UACAGUUAAACAAAACAUGUAUAAAGGAAUCGGGUUUGGCAGCCAUUGCUCAUGUGUCAUGUUUCUCUUGUUUUCUUUUACAAUGAAGUAAAGCAAGCGUCUGCAUGUUCUUUCUUUGAAACUCGUUAAAGAAUCCAAAAUCUAUUCCGUAGACAAGAUGGCGAUAAGAUUUCUUACAUGGUUCCUCUUUGUUUCAUGUAUUCAAGCCAUUUCAAGUUCAGAACAGACACUUGCAAAUGCAAACCCCUCCAACUCCAAGACCAACAUUGUGCAUCCCGUGGACAAGUAUGGAAUCAUAACUGAGGACAAGCACGAUCUAUCUUAUGGCUCAAGAACACGGAGAGGACAAGGAGCAUAUGGGGGACAAGAUGUUAAUCACCGCCCCAGCCACAACUCUGCCACGUCAUUUUUACCAUGCAUCUCAACUCUAUCUUUAGCCCUCGCUUCAAUCCUACUCCUUCCCUUCUACUUGCUCUAAUGACUAAGAUUCUGAUGUAUAACCAUCCUUACCUAUUCACUCUAUGAUAAUAUUUUUGUAAUAGUACAUUUUUGCUUAAUCCCCUUAUCAGGACUUUUGUAUGAA